UCUUGUGGGAUCGAGAGAGAAAAUGCCCGCGACGGAGUACCAGGGCUCUUACAUUGGGCGGUCCAUCCUGAGCCUGCGGCGGGACCAGGCGGUGCACUCCGUGGACCCCGGCCACGAGGCGACGAGCGCCGAGCUGGAGCUGGAUGCCUUCCAGAAGCAGGUCGCCGAUCGGUUCCUCGACCUGUCGUCGGCCGGGCCGGAGGAGCUCCUCUCGCUCCCGUGGGUCCGGAAGCUGCUCGACGCGUUCCUCUGUUGCCAGGAGGAGUUCCGGGCGAUCCUGUUCAACCGCAGGUCCCAGCUGUCGAGGUCCCCCAUGGACAGGUCGAUCGCCGAUUUCCACGAGCGGAGCAUCAAGGCCCUGGACGUCUGUAAUGCGAUCCGGGACGGGAUCGAGCAGGUUAGGCAGUGGCAGAAGCUCCUGGAGAUCGUCGUGUGCGCGCUGGACAACAGCAGCCAGAAGAGGAGCCCGAGCGAGGGCCAAUUCCGCCGCGCCAAGAAGGCCCUGAUCGAUUUGGCCAUCGGGAUGCUCGACGAGAAGGAAGCCGCCGGCGGCUCGGGUGUGGCGGCGCACCGGAACCGGUCCUUCAGCCGCAGCAACUUGACCCGCGACCACCGCUCGUUGGGCCAUUUCAGGUCGCUUUCCUGGAGCGUCUCGAGGUCGUGGUCCGCCGCGAGGCAGAUACAGGCCAUCGGAAAUAACCUGUAUGCCCCGAGGGCGAACGAGAUCGUGGCCACCAACGGCCUCGCCGUGUCGGUCUUCACGAUGAACUCGGUGCUCCUUUUCGUGACAUGGGCCCUCGUGGCGGCGAUCCCAUGCCAGGACCGGGGACUGCAAGUCCACUUCUCCAUCCCGAGGCAGUUCGCCUGGGCCGCGCCGCUCCUCUCGCUCCACGAUAGGAUCGCGGAGGAAUCGAAGAAGAGGGAGAGGAGGAACGCGUGCGGAUUGUUGCGGGAGAUCCAUCAAAUCGAGAGGUGCGCUAGGAUGAUGAGCGAACUGGUGGAUUCGGCCCAAUUCCCGCUGUCCGCCGACAAGGAAGAGGAGGUGAGGCAGAGAGUGGAGGACAUGGUGGAGGUGUUCGAGGCCGUGAAGGAUGGGUUGGAUCCACUGGAGAAGCAAGUGAGAGAGGUCUUCCAUCGGAUCGUGCGGAGCCGCACCGAGGGGCUCGAUUACAUCGGGAGGGCGAACUGCGCCGAGUAGAGAGGACUCCCGACGACCGGCGCCGGGAAGAGGAGUACUUAUGUAAAGAAAUAUAUAUAUGAAUGUAGCAUAGGGGAAGAACCUCGCUGGGUUCUUUGCUUCUCUUACUGUCUUCUUCAUGAUGAUCUAAUAAUGUCUUGGGGCGCGAUGUAUAUCGAAUGUCUUACCUGCGUUUUGGGUAAAUUUUGGUGUUUGAGCAUUUGGAGAAUUGGGCCGUUCUUGUAUUAUUAUGUAUCUUUCCUUUUGUCCUUCUGGUAAUACAUUGCACAUACUGGGUUAACUUUGGUUGGAACAA